AUGAGCAAGAAGGAGAAGAAGGAGCAAAAAGAAAGCAAACGUAUGUAUAUUUCAGGGAGAGGCACGGCUUGGGUUGGUGGGUUCAAUGUUGGCUGCGUCGUGUGUCAGAAUCGGGCGAAUCGAACGAGCACAAGGACAAAGGAAAGUCAAUGUGACGCUGCGUUUGAGUGCUCCAAGUGGGGCAGGCGCAGUCUGGUGCAGCUCCUGCUGGCUAAAGUUGCUGGUUUGACCAUUCAAGUUGAGACUCUACAUGACAUCUGGAAGCUAGUCAUCCUCUUUGACUUUUUGGCCGCCGACAUUCACUCAACUUCUUCAAAGCUGUCGCGCGACAACAAAGCAUUGACUGGGCUUGAUGAGGGGCCAGGCACACUCAUUCCACCCUCUCCCUUCCAUCCACCAUCCACCAUUCAUCGUUUCUCAAGUCCAAGCGGGGUCCAUCGCUUCUAA